GGCCUAACGCUUUCUAUGGUCUUCAGAAAGCCCAGCCAUCUUCUGGGAACCUUUUUACAAUUUCAUACAUAAAGGCCUCUGACCACGAUGCUUGCAGACGCAAGCUUCAUAGUCUCCAGUCCAGAAAACGAGCAAUACCCAAAUCAGCAUCAACCAAAAGUACUUAAUCUUCGUCGUCAGAGAUCGCGUUACCUCGAUCCGACGAGCAAACGCAUCACGCUAAACGUGAACGGAACACGCUACCAAACGUACGAGGAAACGUUAAGCACCUUUCCCGACACGUUACUCGGCAGUCCAACGAAACGAAACCAUUUCUAUAACGAACGCACGGAGGAGUACAAUUUGCCGCGGAGUAAUGGCUCUUUCGACUCCAUUUUAUUCUAUUAUCAGUCACGCGGGAUUCUCGCGCGACCGAGUACAAUCUCAGUCAAAGAUUUCGACGAGGAACUGCAGUUUUAUCAAAUCACGAAUCCAGACCCCUUAGCGGUUCUGCUGCGCGAUGAUGACGUCAAUGAACUGGCGACUCCAGUGGUAGGAGAGACCUUUAAGGAACGCAUGUGGGUGAUUUUAGAGUUCCCUCAUAGUUGUCGGCUGGGUCAGAUCAUUGCACUGAUAUCUAUCAUCGUCAUCGUAUUCUCAAUCGUGAUAUUUAACAUAGAAACUCUGGCGACGCUUCGGAAGAAACAAGAUAGUGAUCUCUGGUUCGCUUUUGAAACGACUUGCGUCAUUUGGUUCACGGGAGAGUAUCUUUGCCGCUUAUAUUCCGCUCCACAACGACGCGUCUUUGUUAUGUCCGCGAUGGGGAUUGUGGACCUGCUUGCGAUCCUGCCUUUUUUCGUUACGUUGUUUUUCAAAAACGAGCUCGAAGACGUGCGCUCGUUUCUGGUGAUGCGUGCUUUGCGUUUGUUUCGCGUUUUGCGCAUUUUCAAACUGUCACGCUACAGCGUAGGAUUUAAGAUUCUCCUGAACACGAUUGUCGAUAGCGUUGAACAGAUGCGCCCGAUCUUAUUUUGCACAAUUAUUGCCGUUGUCGUGUUCGGCAGUGUCGAGUUCAUCGUUGAAGGACCAGAGGGUGAUUUCAUGAGCAUCCCCCACAGUAUGUGGUGGGCCGUUCAGACUAUGAGUAGCGUGGGGUAUGGUGACAUUGUACCCGAGACGGUCCUGGGACGGUUUGUUAGCGCGCUCUGUGCGAUCAGCGGUAUUCUGCUUUUUUGCCUCCCCACCCCCAUACUGGUCGCAAACUUCCUAAAACACUACACACACGCGUUUCUUAACCCGCAAACCCAGGACAAACUGGGUGAAACGCAGAAGAAACUAGUGGAUAAUAUGCAAAGAAUUUAUCUCUCGUCAAAUAGAUAGCUGUCCACCGUUGACAGAGAUCAGUAUUAUAGAGGAAUUUGCUAGUUUUUUGUUCAACAUUUUAGGGAUCUCUA